GGCAAUUUCCCUCCUCCCACUACUCCUGAGGAGCUGGGCGCUCGUAUCCUGAUCCAGGAGCGUUAUGAGAAGUUUGGAGAGAGUGAGGAGGUGGAGAUGGAGGUUGAGAGUGAAGAUGAAGAGGAUGAGAGAGUGGGCAGGGUGGUAGGACAUGCAACUCAGUUAGACCAGGACACACAGCUGCAGGACAUGGACGAGGGCUCUGAUGAAGAGGAUAAUGGCAUGAAGGCUCCUCUACCCCCUGAUAACCCUGUGCCACCACCUCUGCCCCCCACCCCGGACCAGGUUAUUAUCCGCAAAGACUACGACCCCAAGGCGUCUAAGCCUCUGCCUCCUGUGGCCAUCCCUGAUGAGUACCUCAUCUCUCCCAUCACUGGUGAGAAGAUCCAAGCCAGUAAGAUGCAGGAGCACAUGCGCAUCGGCCUGCUGGACCCCCGCUGGCUGGAGCAGCGUGACCGCAGCAUCCAUGAGCGUCAGAUCGAGGAGGAGGUGUACGCUCCGGGCCUGGACAUUGAGAGCAGCCUGAAGCAGCUGGCCGAGAGACGUACCGAUAUCUUCGGUGUGGAAGAAACAGCCAUUGGUAAGAAGAUCGGAGAGGAGGAGAUACAGAAACCAGAGGAGAAGGUCACAUGGGACGGUCACUCGGGCAGCAUGGCUCGUACCCAGCAGGCGGCUCAAGCUAACAUCACCCUGCAGGAGCAAAUUGAAGCCAUCCACAAAGCUAAAGGUCUAGUGCAGCAGGACGACACCAAGGAGAAGAUCGGCCCCAGCAAGCCCAACGAGAUUCCUCAGCCGCCCUUGCUAUCAGUAGCCCCCAGCCUUCCCAAACCCACCCCACCCAUCAGCAUCACACCUGCUAUGGCACCUCCAGUGCGGACCACCUUGCUCCCUGCUGUUCCUGUCAUACCCAGACCUCCAGUGGCCCCUAUGGUGCGUCUGGCCCCCAUGCCACCCAUGCUGCAUGCCCCACGCAUCAGUGUGUUGCCCAUGCCACCCUCUGCAUCCCAUAUUAUGGCACCCAGACCUCCACCGAUGGUGGUUCCUGCUGCAUUUGUACCUGCUCCCCCUGUGCCUCAACCUCCCAGCGCUGUUGCCGCCCCCAUGCCUCCUGCCCAUCCUCCACCUCCUCACGAGGACGAGCCUUCCAGCAAGAAAAUGAAGACCGAGGACAACCUGAUUCCAGAAGAGGAGUUCCUGCGCAGGAACAAGGGACCUGUUGCAGUCAAGGUCCAGGUGCCCAACAUGCAGGACAAGACAGAAUGGAAGCUGAGUGGCCAAGUGCUGAACUUCAGCCUGCCUCUCACAGACCAGGUGUCUGUCAUCAAGGUUAAGAUCCACGAAGCCACUGGUAUGCCGGCUGGAAAACAGAAACUGCAGUAUGAGGGAAUUUUCAUCAAAGAUUCCAACUCUCUGGCCUAUUACAACAUGAACAACGGAUCUGUCAUCCAUCUGGCCCUUAAGGAGAGAGGAGGAAGGAAGAAGUAGAUCGCUCAUCUUCUCUGUUUCAAUCCUCCGCAUUAAUUAUUGUGCUUAUAAUCCUGUUACUUUUGUACACUUAAAAGAACUUGUGCUGUGUUCAGAGUAAUCAGUGUCUUGUGAUUAUCCUACAUUCAGUGCAUGGAUAAUUAAAUAACACCGAACAUUUAAUAUUGGCAGUCGUCUCCUAGCAAACUGCCCUUUUUUUAGUCUCACUUUUCAUUGAGGUGAUUGUGUUAAAUAUUUGCAAAUCUAAAGUUUAGCUUUGAAGCAUUACAUUUCGUCGGAUGCAUAAUAAAUUCUUGUCUCUUUGGAAAACCUACCUAAUAAAUUU